ACAGAUUGCAUUUGCAUCUAUAUAUUCAUAUAAUGUUUACAGAUCAAUGUAAGAUAGCAAAAAACAAAUGGAGGUUUCUUGGUUAUGCUUAGCACUCUUCAUAUUAUCUCUCCUUGUAGUAUUCAAUCUUUUGAAAAAACAUACACCAAAAAAUUUACCACCAGGACCAACAAAGUUACCCUUGAUUGGCAACCUACACCAACUAGCAUGGGGAAAUACCCUCCCACACCGUCGCCUCGCCGAGCUGGCGACGGUGUAUGGGCCUAUCAUGCACCUCCGACUCGGAGAAGUUCCUACCGUUGUCGUAUCAUCGGCUGAUAUGGCAAAGGAGGUGAUGAAGACUCAUGAUGCUGUGUUUUGUAAUAGGCCAACUCUUAUGGCUGGGAAAGAGCUUUUCUAUGAUUCUUCGGACAUUGGAUUAGCCCCGUACGGUGAGUAUUGGCGGCAGGUGCGAAAGAUCUCGGUGCUCGAGCUGUUUACGAUGAAGCGGGUCGAGUCGUUUCGGGUUAUUAGGGAGGAGGAGGUUGCGGAGUUUGUAGAGUUGCUAAGGUCGGAGGCAGGGUCUGUGGUCAAUCUUAGCCAGAAAUUCUUUGCCCUCACUUUUGACAUUACAUCUAGGAUAGCCUUCAAUAAGAAAGGCAAAGAGCAAGAAAAAUUUAAAGCUCUAUCAGCAGCUUUUACAAAGAUUGCCUCAGGUUUCUCCAUUGCAGACGUCUACCCGUCACUCGAUUUUCUUCAUACGAUAAGUGGGAUGAAGAAGAAAUUCAAGGACCUUGUUCAGGAAUCAAAUAGAUUACUUGAUCCUGUAAUUGAAGAACACAAGUCUAAUAAGAAGAACAAUCAGGGUAAACAAGAGGAAGACUUAAUCGAUGUUCUACUCAACUUUCACAAGGAUAAUGUCAAAACUUCUCAUGAUUUCUGCUUGAGUACAGAUAACAUUAAGGCGAUUGCAUUGGAGCUUUUUGGUGCAGGAAGUGAGACAUCAUCAACUGUAAUGGAAUGGACGAUGUCUGAAUUGCUAAAAAAUCCAAAAGCAAUGGAGAAGGCACAAGCUGAAGUACGACGAGUAUAUCAAGGAGAGGUUGUAGUUAAUGAGACAAAGCUACACAAGCUCACGUACUUGAAACAAGUGAUCAAAGAAACCUUACGCCUCCACCCCCCACUUCCUCUCUUGGUUCCUAGAGAAUCCGUUGAAAGAUGUCAAAUCCAAUCUUAUGAUAUACCUAUCAAAACUCGAGUAAUUAUCAAUGCAUGGGCUAUAGGAAGAGAUCCUAAAUCUUGGUUGGAACAUGAGAGAUUUAAUCCCGAAAGAUUUGAAGAUUGUUGUACAGAUUACAAAGUAAGUGAUUUCGAGUUACUUCCAUUUGGUGCAGGGAGAAGAAAGUGCCCUGGCGUGGCACUUGGUAUAGCUAAUGUUGAGCUCCCACUAGCCAUGUUACUCUACCACUUUGAUUGGAAAUUACCUCUUGGUGAUGGAAAUCCUGAAAAUCUAGAUAUGGAUGAUUCUUUUGGUAUAACAAUGCGAAGGAAAAAUGAUUUGCAUGUAAUUCCAAUCCAUUGGCCUUACUAAUCUUGCAUAGUGUAAAGUAAUUUAUAUUUUUGCUUUAUUGAAAUGUGAUUUUUCUUAAA